AUGAAUGAAUUAGCGGGAUGGAUUAAUGAAACAUAUCCAGGAAUCUAUGUACGCAAUAUCGAAAUUGGUAACGGAUAUGAAGAUUCCCUUUUCAUGCCAAUGAAUAAGCAAGUUGAAUUAUUUUGUCAACAAAUAUUUUCUGACGAAAAUUUGAAAGAUGGAUUCAGUUUGUUAGGAUUUUCACAAGGAAGCUUGAUAACACGAGCUGCAGUUCAACGAUGUUCAUUUCCAAAUGCGUACAAUCUCAUUACUCUUAGUGGUAUUCAUGGCGGUGAAUUUGGUAUUCCCUAUAUAGAGCUUCUACCACCAAAACUUCGUGAAUUUGCUACUAAGUAUAUGUAUACAGAUUAUGUACAGAAACUCAUUAGUUUUGCUGGUUAUUGGCGCGAUCCGUAUCAGUUAGAUAAAUAUUAUACUGAAUCUCAAUUUCUGUCCGUUAUCAACAAUGAAGGAAAGACGAGAAAUGAAACUUAUCGGCAAAAUUUACUAAAAUUAAAUGCAUUUGUGAUGACUUAUUCUGAUAUCGAUGAAAUAAUCUCGCCACUAGAAUCGGGCUGGUUCAUGUCCUAUGGUCCAAAUUCAUUAAAAGUUCAACUCUGGAACGACUCGCGCGAAUUUCAAGAAGAUUUAGUGGGCAUGCGCACUCAUCUUGACCAAGGACGAUUACACACUUAUAUAUCUCAUUGUAAGCAUCAGGACAAUCCUCAUAAGCCAAAUAAAGAAUUUCUUUUUAAAAAUAUUAUGCAAUAUUUUAAUAAUACUUUGUAA